UAUCUAUUUUUAUAUUAAAUAUAAAUCCAGAUGGGUGUUUUGUAUCUGUAUUUACUUGCCAUGCUUUUGAAUGUGUGUCUUAAGUAACAGCUGUGAAGGCCGUUUCAUGCCUUUUGCUUUUGUAGUCAAGAGCUUCAGCUCGCUUUAGAAAGAGAAAGAAAGAAAAACCCAACUAAGAGUGUUUUUUUCCUCCUUUCUAUCCUGUUUUCUUUCUUUCUUUCUCUCUCUCAAAUACAAACCGUCUACUUGUAGAAGCAGCUUAAAUUAGCAAAGGCUUAAAAGUGGUGUAUAGGCUUGAGGGCAACUUUUCCUUUUUCUUCACUGGCUUCGGUUAAAGUAAGCUAAGGGAGCAAAUUCUGGUGUUUUCUAUGGUUAAAGCAGAUAGGUAACUGGAUAUGAUAUGAUAUGAGUAGGUGGGUAUUAUAUAGAGUGUAUAAUUUUAAAGAAUAUUUAACCAGUUUGAGAGGAAGAAGAUAGCAUCUGCUUUCGCCAUCCAAUAAGCCAUGAGUAAGAGUAAUUUAAGUUCCAAUAUCAGUAACUCUGAUCUCAUUGACGCCAAGCUUGAAGAACAUCAGUUGUGUGGAUCCAAACAGUGCCCCGGCUGCGGACAUAAACUCGAAGCAAAGCCGGACUGGUUAGGUCUACCAGCUGGGGUGAAAUUUGAUCCAACAGACCAAGAACUGAUAGAUCACCUGGAAGCAAAGGUAGAAGCCAAAGACAUGAAAUCUCACCCUUUGAUAGAUGAGUUCAUUCCUACUAUUGAAGGGGAAGAUGGGAUUUGUUAUACCCAUCCUGAGAAACUUCCAGGAGUUACAAGAGAUGGCUUGAGCAGACACUUCUUCCACAGACCUUCAAAGGCUUACACUACUGGCACAAGAAAGCGAAGAAAAAUUCAAACCGAAUGUGACUUGCAAGGUGGCGAAACAAGGUGGCAUAAAACUGGCAAGACAAGGCCAGUUAUGGUCAAUGGUAAACAAAAAGGGUGCAAGAAAAUCUUGGUUCUCUAUACAAAUUUUGGCAAGAACCGAAAACCCGAAAAGACCAACUGGGUAAUGCACCAAUACCACCUUGGUCAGAAUGAGGAAGAGAAAGAAGGAGAGCUUGUGGUUUCAAAGAUAUUCUAUCAGACACAGCCACGGCAAUGUAAUUGGUCCGAUAGGAUUGUAACAACUGGUGAAGGAAGCAGUGAUCCUAAUAGUAGAAGAGAUAGUGGCAGUGGAAGUUGUUCAUCAAAAGAAUUAAUUCCACAUAGGGAUGAAAUGUCUGGAGCUGCGGUUGCUGCUGCAAUGUCAAGUUAUGGUACUAUGGAUAUGCAACAGUUGAAACCUCAUGAUCACCAUUUCAGCUUCGUCCCAUUUAAGAAAAGCUUCGAUGAGGUGGGGAUAGGAGAAGCUUCAACCGCAAGUGAAGCCCCAGCAGCAGCAGGCACGUGCGAAGACAUACGGGAGCAGCAGCGGCCACAUCAUAUGGCCCAUGAUCAUCACCGUCAACAACAGCAACACCACCACCACCAACAGCAACACCACCACCAACACCAACACCAUACACAUCAUCCUCAGAAUAUUGCAACCACAGCCUUCCACAUCACCAGGCCUUCACAUCCCAUCUCUACCAUCAUCUCUCCACCUCCACUCCAUCACGCUUCUAUCAUUCUUGACGAUGACUCUUACCAUGUUUCCAGAAUAAUGCUUCAAAAUGAUACUUUCCAGCAACAGCAGCAGCAGCAGCAGCAACAUCAUAAAAUGGGAGGAAGGUCUGCGUCUGGUUUGGAGGAACUCAUAAUGGGUUGCACUUCAACUGAUAUCAAAGAAGAGUCGUCAAUCACAAACCCACAAGAAGGAUGGUUGAAGUACUCUUCCUUCUGGCCUGAUCUGACAACCAGGAGAUCAUGGAUAGGAGCAAAAAUAAAUAGAGAAUAAACAAACAAAAAACACUAUUACAGCAACAUCAUUAUCAUCAUCAUUAGUACUUGAAGCCCUCCCUGAAGUUGUUUUCAAGAAGAGGCCAGGAGGAUAUCUUAUACUUUGUUUGUUGUUUUUUUUUUUUUUUUUUCCUUCUUUCUUUUCUCUGGAGGGCCUGCCUGGCUAAGGUCUGAUGGCUUUCACUCUCAACUGAACUAACUGUACAACAGUCCAUGUUGAAAGAGAGAAGAGAAGAGAAAAAGAACAAAAGGAAAAAGAAGAAAGAAAAGAAAAGAAAAGAAGCCAAAAAAAGGCUGCUCUCUUCUGACAAAAUGGAAGGAGAACCAAAGACCCAAAGUAAAUCCAUCGAUAUCGUGCAUGAAAAUCAUCACCAUUAUCAUUACAAUAUCAUCUUUAUAUAUGCCUAUUCUUAUUAUUUUAUUAUUUCAAGAUGUUUUGUAUAUUUUCUUUUUUUCUGUUCUUUUAAAGAAAAAUACCAAAGAGUCUGUGCAAAUUGCAACAACAAUACUUUGUUAAUUGUGUUGUUUGUAGUCACUUUUUUAAGUAAAAUAUAUAAAUUAUAU